UUUUCAUUACAUUAUCAGCACCGCCUCCCGAAGACUUGAAAUUCGACUCUGUUGAUUCCCACUGCCGAUCGUUAUUGUCGUCGACACUCAGAAUAUGCCCAAAGCACAACAGCCCUCCUCGUCCCAUUCUGCUACCGGCCCAGUCCACAGUAAUGGUACCCACCCUAAUGUCCUCAAACGCAAUCAGGCCUGUCACCAAUGUCGAAGGAGGAAAUUGAAAUGUGACGCUAAACGACCUUGCUCAACCUGUGUGCGCUCCCAUGCCCACGCUGUAUCCCAUGCACCUGCAGGCGCACAACUUCCAUCCGCUCCCGAGUGCACUUUUGACGAAAUCCAUGAAAGCACAGCAGCGCCGUCGGAAACACCCAAGAACAAGUACGAAAGGUUGGAAAAUCGCAUCAGUGAACUCGAGGCCCUUCUACGCCAAAAGGAAAACUCAGCAGCUGAACACGAUAUUCAACACCAGGCAGUUUUUUCUCCACAGGCUCGGGAAGCACAAUCCUCGAGUCCAUCGCAACACUCAAUAUCAAAUGGCCAUCCUCACCACCUGUACUCAGGGUCCAGAAACACAUCUCGCAGCCCUCUCGGCAAACAGGAGCAAGACCUUUCCGAAACACCAAGUGGCACCUCUCCACAUGCUGGGUGGGAUGUCCUUUGGCCAAACUGGCCCCCGAAUCUCCCUGAACCAGAGCUGCUCCGUCAUUUAGUCGAGGUCUUCUUUCUCUUCCAUCCCCAUGCGACUCGCCUCUUCCAUGCAACUAGUUUCAUGGCCUCCCUUUCAUUACCUCCUGCGCACCCUAGAUUUCCUGCUCCGCCUGUCCUGCAUGCCAUAUGUGCUGUCGGAAGCCUCUAUACGGGUAUGGUUACCUCACCUCCUCUUCCCAACUUGUCUGAAGUCGAGCCCGACGAAAUAUUUUCAGAACGCUACCGGUCAAAGGAAGAACGUCCGGAUUCGUUCGCAGAGCAGCAGGUAAAACUGGCCCGGGACACGGCCCAAAGGCUUGAAUUUUUAGGGCAGGACCUUCUUCAAGUUUUGCAAGCAAAUAUUAUUUUGUGCUGGUUCUACAUUUCCCAUUCAAAGCAUGUUGAACUUUUUAUCACAGCUGCUCAUUCACUUCGUCUGGCGGUUCCACUGGGAUUGAACAUGUGUCCGCCUUUUAAUUCUAUAACAGUGUCUCAAAGACCAGCCUCUAUCCUACCUCCAGCCCGCACGGUAGUCGAAGAUGAAAUGCGAAGGAACGCGUUCUGGCUCGCUUACGCAAACGAACGACAGCAUGGUUGCACGAACGGCUGGGCUCACAGCAUGGACGAUUCGGACAUCUCGCAGCUCCUCCCGCUACGAGGAGACCAGUACGAGCAAGGCGCACUUGUUACCCCGCAUGAUAGACAAUGGGCACAUGCCAAGGAUCUGCUCGUAAACCAUCCCGAAAAUCAAAUAGAUUCCUUCAUUAUGUACAUCAAGAGUUCUAUCCUGAUAUCGCGUGUCAAAACAUUCAAUAUGAGAUUUAGGACGCGGCGGUACAACGGCGACGAGCACAUAUCCACAUAUCAUCCUCUACCUCUAAGUCCUAAUUCGACUGAGCCUAUUGAUGCCCGAAUGUCGGCUGGCUUUGUUGAAUUGGAUAGUACGAUCUCCUCUUUUCUCAGUUCUUUCCCACCACACUUGAGGAAUCCUAUCAACAAUAACACGGUCGACAAUCACCUUUACACUGCCUUCCUAAUAUCACAUGUAGCAAAUAUCAUUCUACAUGAUCCUCAUGCAGAUGUACGGAUAUCAGGAUGUAUUUCAGCUUUGAAGAUCCUUACCUCUGCACGUGCGAUUCUGGAUCUAAUAUAUGCUGUAUGGUCCACAAGCUUUGACAUCACCCUUUUGGAUUCAUUUUGUUCAUUUUGUUGGUUUACUGCCGGACGAGUACUUGUUCGAUUCCUGCAGGCUGCCAUGGAGGCGAACAGUCAGGACCAGAUUUCCACUUUACGGGCUGAAUUGGACUUCAUUUUGACUGCUUUAUCAAAAGUGGGACAGCGAUAUGCAAUGGCAUAUCGGUGUGCAAAAAUGCUGGAAGACAGGAUGGUCACAACAGGCGGUCCUCCUUCAGGUGUAAUGUCGUAACGGAAAUUUUUAUAGGUUCGUAUUUAAGAGGCGGACAUUGUAGCAAUAUGUAGUUCAUGUAUGUAGCCUGUAUGACCUUUUUUUGGAUGCAAAGAAUGCAAAGAUGGAAUGGCCCC